AUGGCUCUAAAGGAGCAUUUAGAGGCGUCCGAUUUUAUUAAAAACGUGCACGCGGACUUACGAAAGAUGUCCAAAACUAUAGGUAUUAAUGAAGCUUGGAAAAACCACUGCACAAAUAAAGAAACGUUAGACAAAUACUCACUGGCAAUGAAGGAAUUAGCAACAAAAUAUUGGAAGAAUCCAUCAAGUAAUUCAAGAAUUUCUUGGGUACACGAAGCUUGUAUUAACUACUUCGAAAGAGACAUGUUUAUUGCUAGAAAUAAAGAACUAGAAAUAGCUGAUAAAUUGAAUAUUUGUAUUAAUACGAAGUAUGAUGAUUUUACAGGCAAAUGGAAGAUGUUAGACGUUGGUAGUUGUUACAAUCCUUUUAAACAAUUUAUAGAAUUCAAUGUUACUGCUAUAGACAUUUCCCCGGCAGUAAAUACAGUGAAUAAGUGUGAUUUUUUAUCAAUCAAGUAUGGUCCAUUUUGUUUCGAAGGCGAAGAAAUUACGCGACUUCCACGGGACCAUUUCGAUGUGAUUGUGUUCAGUUUACUCUUAGAAUACUUACCUUCUCCUCAACAAAGACAAUUAUCCUGCCAAAAAGCUUUCAAUUUGUUGAAAACAGAAGGAAUCCUCGUGAUAAUAACCCCCGAUUCCAAUCACCUAGGAAGGAAUGCAAAGUAUAUAAAAUCCUGGAGAUUCGUCCUGGCUGAUAUGGGUUUUUCGAGGAUGAAGUACGAAAAACUAGAGCAUUUGCAUUGCAUGGUCUUUAGGAAAUCUUUUGAUGUAAGAAUCCCAGCAAGAUGGGCCAAUAUUCAUCGAAAAGAACAGGCUUUUGCCGAGAUUUUCAUACCACAGGAUUUUAAUUCAAACUGCAACAAAACAGAAUUAGCCAGUGAAUCAAAUACGAUUGUAAAUGAAGAAGAUAUAAGGAGUUUUUGUAAAGAGUUGCCUUUUGAUAAUUUUGAUUAA